CAAAUUUUGUCGAAAGAAAGAAAAAAACAGCAGGCGACAAUGGAGAUAGAGGAAGGGCAAGCCCAAGUAAUCCAAACGUUCGUGAACAAAGCCUCAACUCUUGAAACCACCUCCUUUCUCGCCAACCUCAUCGUUGAAGCCACUUCUCACCCUUCUCUUUUCGCUUUUUCCGAGAUUUUAUCUCUCCCUAAUAUCCUCCAGCUUCAAGGAACUGAGGAUUCUGCUUAUAUUGACUUGCUUCGCUUAUUUGGUUAUGGAACCUCACGUGAUUACAAAGGUGAUUCUGCUAUGCUGCCAAAGUUGUCACAGGAUCAAAUCCUCAAGCUCAAACGACUCACUGUGCUUACUCUUUCUGAGACCAAUAAGGUUCUCUCUUACAAUAAACGUCAAGAGGAACAUGAGGUUUCUAAUGUGCGUGAACGUGAAGACUUACUUAUAAAUGACUGCAUGAUACGGUGCAAUUUGCAGCAGAGAGGGAUCUCGUGCAUGGUUAGGAGUAUGAUCGAUGCUUUGGGAAACUGCCGGUGUGGAAGGAUGUCACAGCUAUUGUUUGCAACUUUCAGGUUAGCCACUUCAGACAAUGUGCUUUCCUUGAUUGAAGAAAAGAUUGACUGCGCUAGUAAAAUGUGUCAGUUGAACAUGGAUUCACCAGCAGGAACUCCAAGAAAUCACAGCACAAGCAGGACCUUUGUUUCUUGGAAUAUGGUGAUAGUUUUGACUUUCUUGGUGGACCAAUGGAACAUGAAGGGAUCUCAUGCGAUCCAAGAGGAGACAGUCACCGCACAGUUAAAGGCGAAGAAGAUCGCUGCACCCUUGAUGUGUCUCCUGGUGGUAAACCAAGUUGCUCAUGGCAUAUUAGAAUCAGGAAUUAUCCAGCUAGAAUCAGAAAUUUGUCACCAUUUUCUCUCCUUUUAAAAAAAAAAAAAUGAAGUCACCG